AUGCCGCCCUCAAUCUUUCUCAAGGCAGCUGCGAGGACCAAGCUGCCAACCCGGACAUCGAUCUCCUUCCGCGAUGCAUGCUACUUCAUUGAGGCAUUUGUAAACGGUGGUCAAAGGUGCUAUGCCUCUCAUUCUGUUACCCACUCGAAGACAUGUGUCCCGCCAGGGUCCAACCAACCGGCGUCCCAUCGACCAUAUAACUCCCGCCAGACCCUUCUCCACAGGACAUAUAUUUCAUUGCUUCGAGCUACGCCAUUGAUGGUGGUAUUUCAGCAUAAUAACCUUCGAGGAAGCGAACUUGUGGCUAUACGGAGGGACCUUAGAGUUGCCAUGCAGAACGUAGACGCACAGGUUGCGGCUUCGCAACCUGCACCUAUACCAGAUGAAGAUGGAGACAUACCGCCAGAGCCUCGGCCCGUUGGAGAACAAGUCAAAAUGGUGGUCGUGAACACAGAGCUAUUCUCUGCAGCCCUUCGAGUGGCAGAAUAUCUACCUAAAGAUGCAAAGGUUGGGUCAAGUAGUGGGCCGGAGGCAUACGAUAUGACGUUGCAGUACAGAGGAUCCCACCCCAUGGAGGCUUUAUUGGUAGGACCAGUCGGUGUGAUCCAAUUCCCAACCGUGUCGCCGCCUCAUAUUCUAGCGGUGCUUAAUCUGCUGUUCCCAGAGAAAGCAACUUUCAAAAAGGGAACGGAUCCGUUGUUUAUAUCUGGCGUUUCAAAGCUGUUGCUACUCGGAGCGAAGGUUGACAAAGUUGGUGGACAAACGAUUGAUACUGCUGCACUGAAGCACAUCACAAAUCUCGGCGAUCUUCCGACAUUACGAGGACAAUUGCUAGGACUUAUGCAAAGUGCUGGUGCUGGUUUGGUGGCCACGUUACAGAGUCCUAGCAAGGCAUUGUGGGUGACAAUGGAGGGUCGCAGGAAAAUGUUGGACCCAGAUUCACAAAAGAGCGCUGAGGAGGAGUCCUCCGACCCCCCAGCAGCUUGA